CAUGGAGCUGGCGCUGCCCCUUUCCUGGUAUCUGCUCUGCGUUUCCCGGUUUGCAGGCUUAAGUGGUGCCGCCGAACUGUACAGCACACUGGUGACUUUCCAGAAUGAAUCCAUGGUGGAGAGUGGAGACACAUGUCAAGGAAUCGUCAUCAUAUUCAGCAAUGAGACUGGCAGUCUGGUGUGUGAUGACCAAUGGAGUGUGGAGUCUCCGCUCGCUCACGUGGUGUGCAAAGAAUCUGGCUGUGGGACACCAAACACAACAUUGGUACUGAAAUCCCUACCGCAAGGAUCAUUAGAAGCUGUUCAAGGAGUACACUGCACAGGAAACGAGUCCGGUGUGAGCGAGUGCGAGAGCUCGGGGAAGUCAGUGCAGCUCUGUGCCGCGGAGAGCAUUGCAGCCAUAUCAUGCAUCCGAAACUCCACAGAGCCAAGAGAUAACAGCUCAUGGAGACUCUCCCGUGGCCGCUCUUCCUGUGAUGGGCACAUGGAGGUAUUUGCAGAGGGCAGAUGGAGUCCUGUCUGUUUUACCAGCAUCAAGGGAAUGGACGCCUCUUUCUUCUGUGAACAAAUGGGGUGUACUCCACAACGGCCCCUCUUCUCGCUGCUUAACAAGGGAAUGUCGCCCAUUUCUCCUGUGAUCUUACAAUGUCCAGAGAACAUGACUUCUCUCUGGGAGUGUGGCCAUCAAGUUGUUGAUAUGUGUGCAUCUGGCCUGACCACAUACCUGCAGUGUAACCGUCCCAGAAUGGAGGAGUCUUGGCUUGUUUGGCUCACCAUAUGCCUCGCUGCUGUAAUGAUCCUCGUGUUCUGUUGGGUUCGUGUGGUCAAGUCCACAAAGUGCUGUGUGCAGUGUGUACACAAGUACAUAACAAUCCUGUUCUGCAAGAAGCCACAAACUCGACGGGGUUUUCAUUCACGCAGGAAUAUUUAUCAAAGGGAGCCCAUUAAUGUUACUGUGCAGGAAGCACACAGCCCCCCAUCUUCUCCCGGAAUCCUGCAAGACCCAAAUGAAGUCAAUGCUUUGCUGGCUCCUCAUGGCUUCCGCCUAAACAACACCAUUACCCCUCCACCCAGUUAUAUGCAUGCUUUGAAGGUUCUGUCCCGGCCUCUGGAGAACACUCAGACUCCUCCGCCAAGCUACCUGGAAGCUCUGAAGGUUCUUUCCCGCCCAAUCUUGGUCCAUGUAAAUGCAGAUGACGACAACGAGGAUAAAGAGGACCUGUCUGUCAUAACACACAAGGAGAAGGAAGAGAAGUCAUAGUGUCAUUCAGG